GGUCACAGACUAAGCAACGAUAAGUACGGCCUCCCCACUCCCGUUCCCAUUUAAUGGCUUCGGGCUCGGAGGCGCAAGGUCGGCGGGGGACGGAGCGGCCGCAGGUGCUGUUGCUCCGCCCGCCCUUGUCAGUCCUCCACGAAGCCCUCUCGGCGCGGUUCCAGCUCCUGAGACCGUGGGAGUCGCCGCUGCCCUUCGAUCGCUUCCUCGCCGCCCACGCUGCUGGCGUCCGCGCCCUCCUCGUCACCGGCCUGGUCCCCGUCGACGGCCCCCUCCUCGACGCCCUCCCCGCCCUCCGCUUCAUUGUCACCACCAGCUCCGGCGUCAACCACAUCGACCUCGCCGAGUGCGCCCGCCGCGGCAUCGCCGUCGCCAAUGCCGGCACCAUCUUCUCCCUGGACGUCGCUGACUAUGCCGUCGGCCUACUCAUCGACGUUCUCCGCCGUGUAUCGGCGUCCGAUCGGUACGUCCACCGUGGUCUGUGGCCGCGUGCUGGCGACUACCCCCUCGGCUCCAAGUUGGGCAGCAAGCGGGUUGGCAUUGUAGGGUUGGGAAGUAUUGGAUCUGAAAUAGCCAAAAGGCUCGAAGCUUUUGGUUGUUCAAUCUCAUAUUUCUCAAGAAGCAGAAAGCCACACGUUCCAUACACAUACUUCCCAAGCGUUCGCGAUCUUGCCACCGAAAGCGACGUGCUGGUGCUAUCUUGUGCCCUAACCGAAGAAACAUACCACAUCAUCAGCAGAGAUGUUAUGUCAGCACUGGGGAAGGAUGGGAUCAUUAUAAAUGUGGGCAGAGGAGCUCUUGUGGACGAGGCUGAGUUCGUGAAACACCUGAUGCAAAGGGAGAUCGGCGGUGCUGGUCUCGAUGUGUUCGAGCACGAACCUGCUGUUCCGGAGGAACUCUGUUGCAUGGACAAUGUGGUGCUUUCAGCUCAUUUCGCCGUGCAUACACUUGAAAUGUCUUCCGAACUUUGUCAGCUGAUGAUAGCUAACUUAAAUGCCUUCUUCUCCGACAGACCAUUACUAACUCCUGUUUCGGUACGCACUUGAUCGUAUUAUUCUUAACAAUCUUUUGUCAUUUUGAUAACUGACUGAAAUAGUUCGCAGACAGUUGUGUUGGCAUGUCGAAUGCAAACAUCUUACUUUUGCAUUAGUGG